GUCUCAAUGAACUAGCCCAGCUGGGCCGACGGCCGAUCUCAGCUCAGCCACGAUUGACAUACCUCGAGAGAGGCGGGCCGGAAGGAGGGAGCACUGCCAGCAGUCGGACCCCCUGCCUGACCCGACUGGAGGACUUGGAGACAAAUUAAGCUAUCACGAUGAAGCUGCGCCUGUGCCUCCUGCUGCUGCUGGUCGUCCUACUGGUCACGGAUCUAGCUGACGCCAAGCGACGCAGAAAGGGACGGAGGAGGAACAGGAACAAGGCGAAGACAACGACCACCACCACCACCACCGAGGUUCCUGUUGAUGACACCAUUGAAGAUGAGCUGGAUAUGAUGAUGGAUGAUGAUGCCGCCCUUCUGGCGGAGGAAGAGGAGGCAGAGCAAGAGGAAGAGGAGGAGGAGAUGACGGGGAUUGACGCCAUCAUCCGACGCAACAAUCUCGAUCAUGACCCGUGUGAGACCAAGAAGUGCGGCAAGGGCCGCGAGUGUACUCUGAGUGAAGCCGGUGAGCCGGUCUGCACGUGCGCCUCCCAGUGCACGCACGAGACGGACGCCAGGCGUCAGGUGUGCACCAAUCACAACGAGACGUGGAACAGCGACUGUGCAGUGUACAAGCAGCGCUGCGAAUGUACGGACGAGCUGGACGGCUGCCAGGAUCCCAAGAACACGCACCUGCACGUGGAGUACUACGGACAGUGCCGCGAUAUGGGGGAGUGCUCUGAGGAGGAGAUGGCAGACUUCCCACGCAGGAUGAGGGAGUGGCUGUUCAACGUCAUGAAGGACCUGGCCAAUCGCGAGCAGCUCAGUCCCCUCUACAG